CGCGGGCGUUCCAGAUGUGCGCCUUAACUACGCCCACGCGCAAGGACGUGGGCACGCAACGUCUCUGGAGGGAGAGCGGAGCAGAAGAGCGAAACAUGGCGACAUCGAAUAAUCCGCGGAAAUUUAGCGAGAAAAUCGCUUUGCAUAAUCAGAAACAGGCAGAAGAGACAGCAGCAUUCGAGGAAGUAAUGAAAGAUUUGAGUAUUACUCGAGCAGCGAGGGUAAGCUUACAGAAGACCCAGUAUUUACAGUUGGGACAAAACCGUGGGCAGUAUUAUGGCGGAUCAUUGCCAAAUGUCAAUCAGAUUGGAAAUGGCACCAUUGACAUGCCUUUUCAGACUCCCUUUCAAGGUUCAGGUGACACCAGCAGGACAACACGGCAUCAUGGAUUGGUUGACAGAGUUUACCGGGACAGAAACCGCAUCACAUCCCCACACGGAAGGCCCCUCGACAAACAUGGACGCCAAAUUGAUAGCUGUCCGUAUGGCUCGGUGUAUCUGUCACCCCCACCCGACACCAGCUGGAGGAGGACAAACUCGGACUCUGCAUUGCAUCAGAGCACUUUGAACCCACAGGAUAUUUUUGCAGGAGGCUCACAGGACUUGCAGCUUAAACGAGUGCUUCUGCUUCAUGUACCAGGGCCAGAAGACACAGAAUCAGAUAUGGACAAAGACGAACAAAAACAGAACUGGGAUGGCAAAAAGAAUGUCUCAUCAAGGUCCAAGGUCCCAGGAAUCAACAUAUUCCCGUCUCCAGAUCAGGAGCUGACUGUGUCACUGAUGCCUUCAGCCCAAAACACGGGCGGCGGCUCCCUGCCUGAUCUGACCAACAUCCAGUUCCCCCCUCCGCUGCCCACCCCCCUGGACCCCGAGGACUCUACCCUCAGCGCCUACAAUAGCACGGGAAACCUGGCCACCAGCCACUCAUACAGCUUCAGUUCCACCAGCCAAGGACAGACCACAGCCCAGCAGGGCAGGCAGGACAACAACAUGGUCAACCAGGACUCCCAACAGCACCAGUCCCUACAGCUCUCCCCCACCCUGUCGCCACCCCUCACCCUCGCCCAGGCGGAGACCAUAGACACCAUGACACUGGAGGCACAGUUGUCCCAGUACACGUUCUUCAGCCAGCCCUCUUCUCAACAACAACAACAGCAGCAGCAGAUCACUCAAGGACUGACCAGGCUGGUCCAGCUACCCUCCCCUCUGAACACCUCUUCCAGCCAGACACAGAACUCCAUGGAUAUGAACUCGCACCACUCCAUAUUGGGUAGUGUAUUUGCUGACUUCUAUGACCAGCAACUCACAUCCAGACAGACCAGUGCUCUCUCCCAACAGCUGGAGCAGUUCAACAUGACAGACAACAACAGUCUGUACGGCCAGGGCUCCACCCUCGACUACUCCCAAGCAGCCAUGAUAGGUUUGAUGGGUAGCCACGGCAACCUGCAAGACUCCCAGCAGCUGGGCUACAGUAGCCAUGGCAACAUCCCCAACAUCAUUCUCACAGCCACCGGAGAGUCACCACCCAGACUGUCGAAGGGGUUGUCUUACAGCUCUCUGUCUGCUGACAUCAGCUUCGACGCGGACUCUCAGUUUCCCUUGGAUGAGCUGAAGAUCGACCCUCUGACCCUGGAUGGGCUGUACAUGCUCAACGAUCCUGACAUGGUCCUCACUGACCCCGCCACGGAAGACGCCUUUCGGAUGGACCGGCUUUAGAACCGCUGCCAAGUUGACUGACUGUCUCGGAGGAACCCGGCCUGAGGGGAGAGGGAUAUUUUGGGAGUGUGGUAGCUCGUGGCUAGGCCCCAGCUGUGCAGUGUAUUCAUCCCACACUCCCACCUCCCUUCACCAGCCACCCCUUUCUAAGAGCCAUGGUAAGAUGAGCUAGUAGGGAAAUGGUCGACAGAGUAUGCUUUCUCCCUUCCUGAUGGAAAAGAUGGAAGGGCGACAUUGUCAUGUUUGGUGGAUAUUGCGCUUAAGGUUCUGCCUGUGACCAGUCUGUGCUAACCACAUACAUCCCUUAACUUGUUUAUUUAUUUAUUUUAUUGUAUGCCUCCUGCCAGCCUUUCUGUUGGAUGCUUUGGUUUUUGUAAAGGAAAACAAAAUAGGAUACAAACUACAUUGGUCUUGACUUCCAUUUGAAGACAUUCAAUUGAUUUAAAAUCAUGUCUGCAGUGGAAACUGCUUAUCGUUCUCUCACCUGCCAUACUAGAUUAGCAUGUCUCAUUAUCACCCAUCUGCUUUUUCACAACCGCCCCUCUAUUGGCUAAUCUUGCCAGUCUCACAUUUUCAUCAGUGCACUUAAUUUAACCGCGCUGUCAUUAAUUCACACUAUACGGUGCCUUCAGAAAGAAUUCACACCUCUUUACUUUUUCCACAUUUUGUUCUGUUGCGAGAUGGGAUUAAAAUGUCAUUUUUUGUCAAUGAUAUACACCAAAUGCUCUAAUGUCAAAGUGGAAGAAAAAUUCUAACAUUUUUUUAAAAACUUUAUGGAAAAUGAAACACUAUCUUGAUUAGAUUAAUAUUCAACCCCCUGAGUCAAUACAGGUUAGAAUCACCUUUGGCAGCGAUUACAGCUGUGAGUUUUUCUGGGUAAGUCUAUGCGAUUUGCACACCUGGAUUGUACAAUAUUUGCCCAUUAUUCUUGAAAAAAGUAUUCAUAUUCUGUCAAGUUGGGUGUUGAUCAUUGCUAUACAGCCAUUUUCAAGUCUUGCCGUAGAUUUUCAAGCCAAUUUCAAGUAAAAACUAUAACUAAGCCAUUCUAUGUCAUCAUUGUAAGCAACUCCAGUGUAUAUGGCCUUGUGUUUCAGGUUAUUGUCCUGCUGAAAGCUGAAUUUGUCUGCCAGUGUCUGUUGGAAAGCAGACUGAACCAAGUUUUCAUCAAGGAUUUUGC